UUCUUCGGCUGCUGCUGCGUUCACUCACACACACACAUUGCGAGUCGACAGUUUGCCGGGGUAGGCCGCGUUGCUGAGUACGAAUUCUGCCGUGCACUCAACAUCGCCACUCGCUUCCAUGACGUUUAGCGCACUUAUUUGUUGAGCUAGGUUGUCGUCUGAUAAGCUAUUGAGGCCGAUAGUGGGACCGAUCUUUUUGUUUGUUUUGUUUUCUCGGCUGUGCUUUGGAUUUUUUCUUUUUGUGAAUUUUUGGUGGUUUGAAUUUUUAUUUUGGGGGCUGAGAAGUUUCUUGGGGCGAGAUAAUCGAAAGGCUUCAAAAUUAAAGCGAUAAAGUCGAGGCCUAACGGCCCUAUGAUGACGAUGGACGUAUCCAAGACAGAGGCUGCGAAGCCCACUCCAGGUCAGGCUCCCCAAGAAUGCGCUGGCUGCUGCAAACCCAUCACGGAGCGUUACCUCCUCAAGGCCCUGGACAUGUUCUGGCACGAGGACUGUUUAAAAUGCGGCUGCUGUGAUUGUCGGUUAGGUGAAGUCGGUUCGACCCUGUAUACUAAAGCUAAUUUAAUUCUGUGCAAAAGGGACUACUUAAGACUUUUCGGCAACACCGGUUACUGUGCAGCUUGCUCGAAAGUGAUACCGGCCUUCGAAAUGGUCAUGAGGGCAAGAAGUAACGUGUACCACCUCGAAUGCUUCGCCUGCCAACAGUGCAAUCAUAGAUUUUGUGUUGGGGAUAGAUUUUAUUUGUGUGAAAAUAAAAUCUUAUGCGAAUACGACUAUGAGGAACGUCUGGUCUUUGCCAAUAUGGCGUAUAAUCCUCCACCACUGUCGCAUCUCAAGAGACAAACAGCAAUACCACCUGUUUCCUUACCGAGCCAUUUGUUGAACGGCCACCGACCUCCAUUACCUCCAUCUAACGGUGAUUUGAACAACAACAUGUCUGGGUCAGGCCAACCACCGCCAAGUUCCAUGGCAAACCAGCCUUUCCAAGGGGCAAGCCACCUCAAGAACGGUCCGCUCUCGUUAGGGGCGACUAGCUGAAAAUAUUGAAUGACUGUGAUGAAACAUUUUUUGUGUCCGGAGAGACAGACAGUUUCUUCCGCAUGCAUUAGGUUUGUUACAGGAUGAAAAGUACUUGCAACUUUUCCUCUUUAUUUACGAUUAUGGUGUACAUAUUUAGAGAUUUUAUUAUCGUUUUCUACCAAUGCUCAAGUUGUAUACUAUUAGUAAUUUGUGCAAUAUUAGUAUGGAGAUAAUGCAACCGCGUAAGGUCGCUUUUGAAGGAAGAUAAAUUUUAUAAUAUAUAAAUAAGAAAAUAUAAUUUUUUUCUCCAUUUUUCCGAGACGAAUUUGAAAUUAUUUAUUAGGAAAUAAAUUAGUCUCACCAAAUCCCACACUCACAAAAAUCAUGUGAACAUAGGACGUCGUGAAACUGUUUCUUUCACAAGCGACUUUACGUAAAAUGUAUGGUAUGUAUAUACAGAGUGUUUCUAAACUCUGUCAAUUGAAUACUAGGAAGCAGUAUGACUCCAACAGUACAAAUUACGGAAAUAUGAACAGUGCAAUAAAUGGUAAUGUCAAGAUACACGAUACUAAAAAUAUAUUUUCCAUUAGUUCACAUCUCAAAAAUAGUACCAAUUAAUCAAAUAUUUUCUAGUUAAAUGUGUGCCAAAUUAAUGAUCCUAUUUGAACAUUUUAUUUCAAGAAUUUGGUUGUAGGAAAGUCAUACUGUUUUCAAAUGCGUUCCAAUUAAUUACAUAGCUUGAAAAUUCCGAUGUAACUAACCUAAUCAUCCCUAUAUUUUGAAAUGUCAAUAUAAUGCACCUCGUAAGAACCAUUCGGUCCUGUACAUAGAUUUGUUAGAUAUAGAUAAGGAAAAGUUGAUAUUGUAUACUAUAGUCGGUACGUCACAGAAAUAAGCUGAAAGCGCGAACACAAUGUUUAUAACGAAACUCCUAUUUCUGUUACACUGUACUAACUAGUUGUUUUCAAAAAUAAAUGUUAUUAUUACAAGGUUAAUCAUAAAUAAUCUCAAGACGGGGAUAUCCACUGGCUUGCGCAUCCCCCUUUAAAGUAAUUAUGUAUCUUUUAUUUAUUAAGUAUAAAUAUCUAACAGUUGCCAUUUUUAUGUUCAAGUUAAUUGUUUCUAUUAUAGAUGAUUAUUGUACAUAUUACGAGUAAGUAUUGUUUUGUAAUAUAUAUUUAAAAUAGGUGCCAAUUUUUAUUAUUUUGUGUACAGUACAAAUAUGAAUUGUCAAGAUGUAUUCAAUUAUUAUACCAAAUGAUUUGACCAAAGACGUAAUAAAACUUU